CGGAAACACAUUGAUGACGUCUUCAUUACUUGACAUUGCAACAUCCAGAAAGAUAACAACUGACUUACAGACAAUAUAACAUACAGCGUGUUCCCCUUUUAUUUAACCUGUGAGCUGUUAAGGACAACCACACAGAGACUUAUGGCAGACCUUGGCGUCAAAGCAGGGGAGCGCGUCCUGUUGGUCUGGACUCAGCCCUCAGCACCAGCUGACCUGAAACAGCAUGCAGAGGACCUGGGUGCUGCUGUGGGUGCACAAGGCAAAGUGUCAGUGGAGAAUAUGGAGAGAUUAACGAUGUCCUCCCAUUCAGCGUCCACCUUUGACUGGGUGCUCUCGUGCCUGCUGGCUGACAGCUCCUCCAUCCACAGCUCAGACACUCUGGCAGAGAUAGCCCGAGUGCUCAAACCUGGUGGAAAACUAGUCCUGGAUGAAGCAGUUACUGGAGCUGAGGGGCAGAGUGUGAGGACUGCAGAGAAACUCAUGUCAGCUCUUAAGUUGUCAGGCUUCAUGUCAGUAACAGAGGUGAGUAAAGCAGAACUAAGCCCAGAGGCUUUAAACUGUCUCAGGACGGCCACUGGAUACCAAGGAAACACUCUGUCCAGAGUCCGCAUAUCUUCCUCCAAGCCCAACUUUGAGGUUGGGUCGUCCAGCCAGAUUAAACUGUCAUUUGGGAAGAAGACGCAGAAGCCAGCAGAGAAGCCUGCUCUGGAUCCCAACACGGUCAAAAUGUGGACGCUGUCAGCCAAUGAUAUAGACGAUGAUGAUGUGGACCUGGUGGACUCUGAUGCUCUGCUGGAUGAUGAAGACUUGAAGAAGCCGGACCCAGCCUCUCUGAAGGCCGCAGGCUGUGGAGAGGGAGCCGGCAAGAAGAAGAAAGCCUGCAAGAACUGCUCAUGUGGUCUUGCUGAGGAGCUGGAGCAGGAGAGUACAGGAAAACAAACCCCCAACAUGCCAAAAUCUGCCUGUGGAAGUUGUUACCUUGGUGAUGCGUUCCGAUGUGCCAGCUGUCCUUACGCGGGGAUGCCGGCGUUUAAACCUGGAGAAAAGAUUGUGCUGGACAACAAGACGCUGACAGACGCUUGAGACAAUAGAUCAUAAACAUCCAGCAGCCCCUGCUUCAAAACAUCACAUUCCUUUAUGCUUCUCAUCCACCUGCUGCACCUUUAAAAGCAUGAGUCCCCCUGCAAAGAGGGAGCCCCUGAUCUGCUUUAACACUCUAUGAAGAUGUCCUCUGUCCGUCUGUCUGCACAGUUACAGCUUGUUUGAUUUCUUUAGUAUUCCAGAUUGACAAACUUUGUUCCAUUUAUGGUUUUCUGAUUGUGGCAAAUUUACAAUAAGCAAAAGCAAGAUUCAAAUCAGAUUAAAGUGAGGUUGUACUGAUGCUUAUAAUGCAAACAUCUGUGUGAUAAUGCCCAAAAGGGUUUCCACAGGAGGAACUCGAAGCACUGAAAUCUGUUAUUUUUUCUUUUCAUUGACAGUUGGAUUUAAACAGUGAAAAAUAAAGAGGACAUUUCAACAAUACUUAAAAACAAUGUCUAAUUCAAGCCUACAUAUGUAUAUAAAGGUAAAAUGUUUCACUAAA